UGUUAUGUACAAGUUAUGAAUUAAAGGCAGUGGGAAAAUGGAGGGAAUUGUCCACUGACCCAGGACACCCUGGCUCUUGAUUAUUAAACCCUUCUGUUACUUUAUUCAAAUAACUAAUUAUUAAAGGUGUUAUGUAUGGAAAAAGACUACAGUAUUAUCAGUUGGCUUCCCAGACCUUGAGUCACUUUGGCCAGAGUUUGAAAAAAAUCCAGUGAGAGAUCAUGCUCAUUACUCGUAAUUUAUUCGAAGAUUGCCACUGCAAUGAUUCUCAUGAGAUGAGCCGCUUGUCUUGCAGGAAACCAGAUAAAACUGGUAACUUUUGAGCAGACAUACUACAAUAUUAUUCCUGGUAUUCCAGUGACUACACUGUGAAACACAGUGAAAACUUUCAAUGUCUUUAUUACAGGAAAAAAUAUUCUUCAACACCAACAAUUUGUUGAAAGUUUAGCAGAGCUUAAUUUCCGAACCCACCCGAAAUGAGGCUGGGAGUAAUCGCAAACGUCAUCAUGAUCACUGAUGAAGGGAUCCAAAGCUCUGCUAUUAAGAAAAGCUCGAUUGCUCAACAAAUUGUUGGUGUUGAAGAAUAGAUCUUUUUUGGUAAUAAAAUUCUCCUUUUGUGUGGUUUAAUAUUGUCAUUUUUGUCCUUUUCAAUUUGUGCCUUGUGUCAAAUCACCUCAGAACCUUUAGCUUAUUAUUAUUAUUAUUAUUAUUAUUAUUUGUUAUUAUUAUGUUGUCCUCAAGUUUUCCUGCUUCCUAUCCAUUGUAACCAGGUCCAAGCAGUGGACCUGCCCUAGGGCAUUAUAGGGGAAGAAGUUACUUCAGCAACAGUACUUUCCUUAGUGUUUGGCUGUACUAAGCAUUGUGAUUUUCUGGAUUUCAUUGGUGCUAAUGUUACGUGGGAUUCUACUUGUGACCUUGUCUAGUCCCAUCUUAAUUAGCCCUAGGGCUCCAACUACCACUGGUAUUGUUUCCGUUUUCAUAUCCCACAUUCAAUUUCCAAAUCAAUUGUACUUGGAUAACUAUUCUAGCUGAGGUGAUUAUUAUUAUUAUCAUUAUCAUUAUUAUUAUUAUUACUAUGAUGAUGAUUGUUGUUGUUGUUGUUGUUAUUAUUAUUUUCAUUUUUAAUGAUAAAUUACUAUUUAUUCAUUUCAGGCUCCAGGUAUCGUAAAGUAUGAGACAAAGCAGUCUAAAGCUGAAGAGAAGAAAAAAUGGUUACAAGAACUUGGUAUGGCCCAUAUAUAAUUAUAUGCUACGAACUGAUAAAACCUUAGUUACACCACACUGGAUUUAUUUUGUUCAUUUCCAUUUUUAACAGAGCAACAAAUCAAAGAAAAAAAGGAAAGAGAAGCUAAGGAAAAGUUAAAUCAAUCACUGAAGGUAGAAUAUUAAAUUUCAAGUUUAUUCUUGCUCUCAAUUAUGCAAAACUAAAAUAUUUUUAAGAGAAUGUGAUUAUCAUAGGUUAAAAACAAGAAAGUUUCAAACCUCAACUGAAUUCAAAACCAGACAUCUUUGCUAUUGGAUGAUUCUCAAUUUCUGUUAUCUCCUGUCCCUGAUUAUUCAUGAAUUAGGGCCAGGAGACAAAGGGAAUUUGAGAAUCAACCAAGGUUAAAAAAUGUUAACCUUAAUUCAGUGGAACCUCGAUAUAACGAUCCUCUAUAUAACGAAGUCCUUACAGUAAAUCAUAUAUUUAAAUGCUAUUUUGUGCCUUAUAAAUAUUAAAUUAUUAUUAUGAUUAUUAUAACGAACGAUUUUUUUUAGCCCAGUAAUAGUAAAAUAUAUGAAAAAGAACCUUGAUAUAACGAAACCUUCUUAUAGCGAACAAAUUUUGCCUUUCCUAUCGAGGUUCCACUGUUUAAUUUUGACCUGUAACAGAAUCCCAUCCAAACCUUCUAAGUGUCUUAUUAUUAAUAAAACAAAGUAAUGUUAGAUGGUUGUUGUUCAAUAUAGGAGAGUAAAUAUGAAACAUGGUUCCAAACACCUGCUCCAGCCCAUGAAUCUUCUGCCAACAUCAGCGUGCCUACUAGUAGCACUUUUACAAAACAACACUCUCCAGUGCAAACUGUGCAAACUUCUCACACUUCAGCCGGCAAUGAAAGGUAAAGUAGUUACAAGUGUAUGAUCAAUAUUAAGUCCACAAGCAUUUGGGGGACAUAAAGAACAAAUUAACUGCGUAUCUACGUAUUUGUGCCUAUUCCCUACCUCUCCAUUGUCCCCUAACCUGGAUCACAACGAUUCAAACAAGCAAUUCCUUUCCUUUCCACAGACAACAAUUAUAAGAAUCAUGUCAAAAUGGGUUUAUACCACAGUUAAUGUUCAGGCCACAUGGUUACCUGUCUUUUAUUGGCCGUUCUGUCUCCUGUAUAUACGAAACAGCCGAAGUUUAGGUGCAUGUUAGGGGCGAGUAUUUUCUGAUGUUUUAUUAACAACGACAGGUUCGCACUGAACAGCCCGGAGUUUUCCCUCAAUAUUUUCCUUUCGGAGUUCCCUAAGACUCCUUUAACCACAGGUUUAGGGUCCCAGCACAGGCAGACCACCCUCUGUUAGUCGGGGCCGUUGUUGAUUGAAAUCUGAGCAACGAUCGUUUGUUAUUUAUAGGAGAAAUACAUAUGAACAAUACGGUGGCUAUAAUUUGUUCCAAAAUGCAGAAUUUUAAAAAAAAAUUUCAAUAAAAGUUUGAAGAAAAUGUUAACUGAGUCAUGUGUCAUGCGUAUCGCGACCGUUGACAGCUCAAAACCACAACCCUGCCCCGGACAGGGAUGUUUGUUUGGUCGCGAUACGCUGAUUGGUGGAAUUGAAUCGACGCGCAUACCUCAAAUGCCUUUGGCUGAGGUUUUUGCACCGGUCAUGUUGAGAAAGCUGGUCUUGCAACUUCAGGAUCGCUUUUCUCUAGAAAUUUUGCCAGGAUUGAGCUCGCAUUCGGAUGGGGCAUGGAUACAUAUGUAGUGGAUCGGGAGCCGGUAUUUUCGGGGUAAGAAAUUAAAUAGUUUGGCGUCAGUUCCAGCUUAAAUUGGACUGGGUCACGCGCCGGCGGCUGAUUGCUGCCUGCCUUGUCUCCUUCUUUAGUUCUGACCGCCGAGGUCAAAUAUUCAUCUCGCAAAAUAACGCUUAAAACAGCACAGGAAAGCGAAAAAAACAUGACACAGGACUCGGUUAACAUUUUCUUCAAACUUUUAUUGAAAUUUUCUUUAAAAUUCUGCAUUUUGGAACAAAUUAUAGCCACCGUAUUGUUCAUAUGUAUUUCUUCUAUAAAUAACAAACGAUCGUUGCUCAGAUUUCAAUCAACAACGGCCCCGACUAACAGAGGGUGGUCUGCCUGUGGUCCCAGAGGGAACAGUGGGAGUCCUAAGGUUAGCACUGUUUCAAAUUCCAGGAAAUCUCUGAAACAUUUUCGGGUUUCUUCUAAAAAGCAGAAACAUCACUACGACCGUUCGCUGGCUCACAAUGAGACAGUAGUUCCCAAACCUCUGCAAGGAGUUUUAAUGUGGUUCUCCGAUCGGAACAUCAAAAAAGCAAGCUUGAGAACCAUUCAAAGUGAUUAUGGCUCUUUUUAGUUUUAAAUAAGGAGUCAGACAAAAGAAGAAGAUUCAAAAGUCUUUAUAUUUUAUUCUCAAAAAAGAUUCUUUGAAGAUCUACGCAGUUCUUAACUAAUUUUUAGUAAACUAUCCCUCUAGAGCAUGUGCGUCCGAGAGGACCGGUUCUCUUUCGUGUUUUGCGUACUUUUUUUUCUUUUUCGGCGGAACAAAGCGUCUCUGACGCGUAUUUGCGCGUAAGGGAAAACCCUGACAGCUGAACUGUAAUUAGGUUUCAUAUGUUAGCAGGGCUGGGAAUAUUCAUAAUCGAGGUCAUGGAUUGCAGAGUUUAGGACAAAUGGAUCAAGGAGAACUGGAAAAAAAACGGAUCAAGACACUGGAACAUCAGGUGACCCUUAAACUAAGUUAUCUUAUUAUCCCAUUAAUUUUUCACGGUUAUUAUUAAAAAAUUUCCUAUCGUUUUAUGGACUGAUUGUUUUACAACUUUCAGGUUAUUUUACCCAAAAUAAAGCAGGUGUGAUACUAGAAGGCCUUGUCCACUACACUCUUUCUUUUUAAUAAGAAUGUUGUGUCUGCGGCCCGGGCUGAAUAUUCUUCUUUUCUGCCAAUUUUAGGCUGAAAUAUUCUUGCAUUGUUCUUAAAUUUUAGCCUCUGACUUUUCCGUUGUAAUGUAUUGGGGUCUAAAGUUCAGUUAAUGCCGGUUUUUUGUUUUUGUUUUGGUGCCUAGUUUUGCCGUUAAGAGAAAUGAAUAAUUAUACAAAACAAAUAAUUGUAUUGUAUUUACAGAUUUUCAACAAAAUCUCAGCCUUCGGCUUAUUCGUAUUGUAUUCUUAAAAUUUCGCAAAUUUCAGCCUCGAUAUUCUCAUAAAAAACGUCUUAUAUUAAAAAAAAGAGUGUACUAGAUUAUACACCGCAGUAGUGAGGAUUUCCUGACGUUCUGUGCAAAGCCACAGCUUAACAUUACCUCCCAAUCGUGUGACGUCGUUCUGAAUGAUAGACAAAACACGAUUUUAUUUGAGCAUCAAUGUGUUAAUAAUCAUGGCCACCCAACGACGGUUUCCUCCUAAAUGCAUUGAAAAUACUUUUCAGGCGAUCCAGAGUACUUUUAGAUCUCUAGAAAUGUAUUCUAUAAAGUGGCGCUAAAAAAUUUAUAUCUGUUCGGUCAUCCAAGGGCAACUUGAGUCUUCGAAAUUACAAGGGCUUCAGCAUUAUUUUCCCGAAAAUUUUAGCUGCAAUUUAAAGAUUUACGUAAUGGUAAAAGGAUUUUCGAUUCCGAAAAUGUUAGGUUUCCUUUCUCUACGAAAAAUAGCUUAACCUGGGGAGUGAAAUGGGAAAAAUUUAACUGCAGAAAAUCGAAGGGAAUUAUUAGAUAAGCUUCGAAAAUUGUACAUGAAUGGAACGGUCAUCUAGAAAUUUUUAGCGUUCCUCAAGCUAUAGAAAAUUCUAGGCAUUUUUUGCUUCUCCAAACAGAUAUUUCACGGAAAACAGUCGUUGGGUGCCCCUGAAUAAUACUGAAUACACUGUUUUACGUACGCUACUGGAGAUGGGAUCGCCAUUUCUACGUGACUCACCCGAACCCCUCGAAGGUGAAGCCGUUUGCAGGGCAAAGGCAGUUCCUUCCUCCCGGCAUUGCUCAGACCCUUAGUAUUGGUCCGGCCCUGGAGAUUAAACACGCGGCCUUCUGCUCUACAGUCGAGCACUUUACUUCCCUGCUAGCAGAGGCCUUUUCACCGUGGUAUUUGGCUGGGAAGAGAAGAGGCCUCUGUUCGCAGGGAUGAUAUUUACACACUGAGCUAGUCCUGCCGCACACUAGUUUACUAGGUAGACCCUGGCAAAGCAACCGAGCAAACGUCAAUAAACUGGCACUCAACUCAGUGUUACCAAGUGGUGGUGAUAAUAUGAUAUUAGGGACCUUAAGAUUCGACGACAGCGACGGCAACGAGAACGUCAAUAAAGCAAUAGGUUUAAUAACCAAAACAACAAUUAUGCACGUGCAUCACGCUUUUUGGAAAAUUUCGUUGCCGUCGCUGCAGGACUACGACGUGAAAAUGCCUAAUUUGACGUUUUACAUAGGAAGUACACAAGUGACGACGAAAUUUCCUCUCUCUUUCUGAACUUGGAUAUAGUUCUUAGGCUUCUCCGAACAGAUAUUUCACAGUUUUACGUACGCUACUGGAGACGGGAUCGCCAUUUCUACGUGACUUACCCGAACCCCUCGAAGGUGAAGCCGUUUUGCAGGGCAAAGGCAGUACUAGCCUCCCCGCAGACGUCGUUUGGGGUUCGUUCGUCACUCAUUCAAACGAACCCCAAAGGACUUCUGCUGGGAGGCUAAGGCAGUACCUUCCUCCCGGCAUUACUCAGACCCUGAGUAUUAGUCCGGCCCUGGAGAUCAAACCCGCGGCCUUCUGCUCGCUGUCCUCGGAUCUCAAGGUCCCUGUUAGUGAUUUACUGCGGGUGGUCGACAUUAACCUGAGAAUAUUUAUCGCAAUGAUUAUCGUGGUGUUACUGGAAAGUUAUAUUGAAUUAUUUUAGCUUGCCAUUAAAGAGCAAGUAGAGGAGAAAAGACGGCUAAAGCAGGAAGAGAAAGAAAGAAGGAUGAAAGAGGAAGCUGAGAAAGAAAGAACGCUAGCAUUAGAACGAGAAAGACUUCACAAACAGUAUCAGGAAGAACUGAAAAUGCGUCAAGAAAAAGAGGUGAGGAUAAUUGUUGUUAGUAAAAUCCAACUAGUGGUCUAUUAUCAAUGCUACGUUGAUUGGUUGAGCUACUACUAGGCUGUAUGUUAUAGCCUACUAAUAGCGAAAAGCGCGCGCUUUUUGGCGGCAAAAAAGGAUUUAAGUCUAGCUUUAACUAGCUAAAUUUUUUUAUUCUCGAUAUUUUUGACCAACUAGUUGGAUUUUACUAAAACAAUUAUUCCUCUCGCCCUCAUGGCCUCUGUGACUCAGAGCCCAUUCGGGCUCGAGGAAUAAUUGUUAAAUAGUAAGCUAUGAUGAGGCCCAUAGGAUCUGUAUAUGUUCUUGUGUUUGGUAGGUUGUUAUUAGAUACUUCGGAUGUGAUAUAUCAAAAUAUGACUGCCACUGAAUGUAAGUAGUACAUCUUAUGAUUUGUGCUGGUUGCACUUUCCGUGAUACGAUAUGUGAUUAAACAGAUAUUUACAUAGACAUUCACCCUUGUUCUGUAGCCUUAACUAACAAAGCGUGUCUUAAAGAAAGUUCAGGGUGUCCGUGUAUAAUCUUAAGCGCUCUUACAAUGUAUGUUGAUCGUCGCGAUCGGGCUAAGGAACUAGAGUAGAAGUCAGAAAUGCACAGUGAAGUAUUGAUACAACACAAGCAACAGCAACGACGUUUUACAUCAGUGUGCUUAACUUUUUGUAAGAUGAAGUUGUUGCUCUCGCUGUAAUGUGAUCGUUCCAUUUCUAAUCUUCUCUUACAGUAACACCUAGAAUUUUUUUCACGUCGGUGUACUACUUGCACUUUAAAGUGACGUGUCUCUUGAUUGCGUUUGGUAGGAUGAGGCAAGGCGUCGGGUGGAGGCAUUACAACUCAGUAUUGUACAGGCCCACCAGUCCGCACAACAGGUAAGUUCUUUUUUUAGUAAAAUGAGAGCCACGACCAAUGACCAGUUGACCAGAACCACUAUCAAAGAAAAUGGAAUAUUUGAUCAUUCGAAGGGUAUUUUGUCGUUGGUCUGAAUUGGGCAUGUUAAAAAGUGUCUUGAAUAUUCAAGAUUCUUACCUAUAACACACGAAGUUGUUGUAAAAUUUUGUUUGAGUUGUUUAAUGGUUAGUUGAUCUCUCAAAGGAGCUUCCUCCUCCUCGGCUCCAUUCGUUUUGUUGCUCCUUUCUCAUUCAUUUCCUUAUUUACGUAUGUAUGUAUUUGUUGACUUUCAGGAAAAAGCUGCCAAACGGUUAAAGCAUUUGGAGUCUGGUGGUCACGAUGUAUCUGGAUUGCGAUCCCGAAUGGAAGAAGGUUUGUCAUUUGUGAAGUUGCUUGGUCUGCAGUGUGAGCGCUGGUCAACAACUGAACCUGAAUAACUCAAUAUUGACUGAUAAAGAGACCUCCUUCAUAACAGGGGCGAUUUAUGUUUCCAUACGUACUUUGAUAAGUAAUCUUGUCACAAGAACAGACACCAUCAAAGACUGGAAUUUUGUUGAAUUCCCUAUCCUCAACCUACCUCCUUUUUAUAUCAUCGCUAACACUGACUUGUCCCCAUCACCUCCUGCUCUCACCGUGCACGUUACAAAAACGGCUGGGAACGAGCCAGUCAUAAACAUGAACCAUCUUCUCAUACAUCGCGUAAAGGACGUUUACUCAGUAUUGAGCCUAUCUUCAGUCUCCUUGCAGGUACAGACACAAGAAUGGUUCAAAUCUGUUAAAAUACCCUGGGCCCUCUUACUUGAAAAAUAUUGCCCUCUGUAAUUCCAGAAGAGGAGCCAUGGGAUCCUUAUUGGCUAAUUCCUAGAUAUACCCUUUUUUGGCCUGUACUCAUCUCCUGUAUGUGCAACACGACACAGUUAAUACAUUUAUUUAGCGCAUUCUAAACAAGCAGGUAUAAUCAUUUUGCGUUAUAAGAAAAAUCCCUAGUUAAACAUUGUUGUUGUUUAUUUUUCUUCCCAGGUGACCAAGACUCAUCUAUUUGGAUGCGAUCCACAGAAAGCUCGUCUUAUGUAACGGAAUAUUCCCAGUUCAGUCCGCGAAUAGAACGAACUGAGAGCGGAGUACCGCAGGAGGAUGAUAGAGACAGUUCUUGGCAAAAGAACGCCCAACUGGAAUCCGAGCUAAAGGAAAUAAGUUUAAGUACAUCACUGGAAUCACAAUGGACAUCAUCAUCUCCUGUUCCUUCUCGAAAGAAUCAUUCUCAGGCGAAUUCGUACUUAGAAUCGUCAAGACCAAGCAAAAAAUCUACGCGGUCACAGUCAGAAAAAAGCCAUAGAAAAAAACAACCGAGCAAACAUCAAAUAAGGAAACGCUCUUCUUUGGAGAAUGUAAAGCAAGAGGAAGUACCUGCCGCUCCUGCUUUACAAGAUGCUUUUAUGUUGCCCUACAGGCGGACUUCAAGUGCUACAUUUGCUGUUGCCAUGGAUACCACCUCUCUAUCAGACCAUGAUACUACUGCUACUACUACAACUGAUACAAGUAAACAGACAGGAAAGAAGGCAGACCAAGGUACUCAGAGAAAAACUAGAAAUUUAAUAAAACACAACGAGCAAGUUAAAGGAUCGGAGCGAGAUGUCAAUUCCAAAAAUACCAGUAUUUCUCUGACUGCGGAAAAGCGGAAGGUUAGACAAGUAAAGGCAAAGAUUGCGGAUGGAAAAAAUGUGUUGGAUGCUGGAAAGGUUGGUCACCUUCUGAUCUGGAAUAAUUCUUAUUUCAAUUCUUAUUUCCAUGGCUGUUGUAAUGUUUGUAUUAUUCUAAAGCUGUCGGCCUAUGUUUAUGUUAAAUCGAGUCAGAUUUUCGUAAAAUGUCAUUUCUAGCAGAAAUCAGUUGAAAGAGUCAAAUAUCCCCUUUCUCAGCGUAAUCUUGCAUCCUAUAUACUACUUAAGCCCCAUCAUCCGCAGUACCAACUUAACAUGUUUAUUUUAACCAGGUUUAAAAAAAAAUGAAAAACCUUAACGAUAAACUAGUACACAGGGUCUUACACUGGAUUCAAUUGAACUUUGACUUACUCCAGUGUAAUUUGUGCGAAAUUUGCAGUCGAUAAUAAUCAGUAAGCAGUUUUUUGAAGACAACAAUUCUAAACCGUGUUUAACUAAACAACUUUUCAACAUGCUAAAAAUUUGGGUUGCAUUGGGGAUGAUUCUCGCUUAAAAAAGCUACCUUGGGCGCUUACUAAAGGUGAGAACUGGCCGACUGCCGAUCGGUCACUUUAGAUAUGAAAUGCACUUAUAGUGAAAUAAGCCAUUUCCGAGUUCCCCCGGGCCUCUGUUUCAAAACGAGGGUAGGUGCUCAGCCUUUGAUAUGGAAAUCAUUUUUCAUUCUCAGGCAAAUAAAACUCAUUUUCACAAGAAAGGUUGUGCACCUAGCCUCAUUUUGAAAGUGAGGGUUUUUUGGAACUCGGAAGUGGCCUAUUCUUUUCACAGCUGGACUGGUCUGGCCUUUUCUGGCUCACAGUAUUAAAGCGAAUGCACUAAUGUCAAAUUGCACCUGGUUAAUGAUUGCUAACAAUUGCAUAUUUUGUGUUUAGAUCUCUCCAGAACCAUUACCUACAGCACGCCAGGAGAUGAUUUUACAACAACUUGCUGCUCUUAGACAAGUGAGUUUAAAUCAUACUUAAUUACUACAGUAUAUAUUCCUCAGAUAUGGUUAAUUUUACAAUAACUGAGCGAUUUCUCGCGCGCUGAUUGGUCGAGAGCUAUGGUCGAUAAGAGUACAGAUCAUGGAAAUGACGUCAUGGUGGCGUAAUUUCUUUUACUCUUUCUUGCGCGAGCAAUGUUUACUGAGAAACUUCGACGGAAAUGGAUGUUUACAAACUGUCUGUUAUUGUAUUAAAAAACAAACUAACCACAAGUUUCCAUUGUCUGUACUCUUAGCGGCCAUACGGCCUGGUGUUCGUGGUUCCAACUGAGUUGUGAACAUUUUUACGUCAUUUCUAUGGUGAAGUUAACAAAUAGAUUCUAUGUUGCCGUGCGUCUGUGAAAUAAUAGAUCACAGAUGACGUCAAAACUGAAUGUUUUGAAAACAAAGAAGUGGCACUGCAAAGUUUUGAACAUUUUGACGUCAUGUCUAUGGUCGGUAUGAGUAUAGAUUAUGGAGCGUUGUUUCGAUUUGUUAAGCUGAUACUUCGAAAUUUGUAAUAACGUUAAUGCUUGUUUUUUUUGUCCUAAAGGGUUUAAUGAUGAAGGAACGAGAACUCAAUUAUAGUGCGCUGUAAAGAACACAGUUGCAGCUCCACUUCCGUUUUGAGUAGGAGAAUAAGUAGGGGAACAUUGACUGUCAGAUUCGUGGUGUCACUGAUGUGUUAUCACCGUCUGACGUGUUUGUCUAUGUGUUACUUUUAAAUGAAGCUUAUAGACUGGGCCAUUACAGUACGGCCCCAUCAAGGUGGCUGGUAUCUGUUAUUUCGGAGGAUGAGUGGCUCGAGAAAGUAGUAAUGGGAUACCAGGAACCAAUGUAAAUAGAUUAUAAAAACGUAGUUAAACUGGUAACUAGAAAAAGCAACUAUUAAAAAAGACAGGAAUCUGGUUCGUGUUCAGUGUGUUGUGCUGCCGCCGGAUUGCAGUCGACUCCAGAUAACUCGAGCCUUCAAGGGAAAUAGGAAUUAAAAAGUUCGAGUUGUAGUGAGUUCGAAUUAUCCGGAUUUCGGAACAAAUACCCGGAGAUAAGGGGAAAAAACAGGUUUUACUGUAGAUUAUGGACUUUGAUCAGAUUUUUAUCGUUGCUGCUAUCUAGACCACCUCGAGAAACUCCGAUAACUUUACAAUAGAGCGGGAAACUGUUCAUGGUCUGUUCUGACAAACAGUCCGUUCAUCUGUUUGAGUCAAAUGUGCAGCACGCUUGUGCUAUUCUUGUAGUUUAUUUUGCUCGCGCUUUGUUCAAAUUUAAAAUCUUGCGUGUACUUUUAUUUUCGCGAGGCGCCCUAUUUAAAGUCGCAUAGCGAGCUUUGAGUUCAGUUGUUAAACUCACUUUACGCUGACCAGUUUCAACCCGUUUAUUGAUAACCAGAAGUUGCUAACCAGGUAAACAGAAGUUGUUAACCGGAAAACCAGACUGUAAAUGUGGACUGUUUGUCUAAAUACAGAGGCAGUUAUAGAAGUAAGUGUAAAGUCGAUUUUGUUGCUGUGUUAGGUUACUUUCUGUUCAUUUUCUACAUUGUACUUAGGCCGAGUGCAUACGUGCCAACGGAC